GCACAGACUUUUUACCCCUCUCUCUCCGUCCGCCCAACUCGGGCCAUCUCCAUCUCCUUUUGUUCUUAUCGCACACACGGCAGUACAACGUCAACAGCCUCCCCUCUUCGAAGCACACCCUUUGCAUCGUCAUCAACAUGCAGUGGAUCGACAGCUGGGGUGCCGCCAACUACGACGGCUACGCCUACAAGGCGUGGCUCAUCUACCACACCGACUACGCCAUCUACAUUGCAGGUCUGUACCUCGCCCUCGUCUUCCGCGCCCCACCCCUCGUUGCGAAGUACGUCUACGGUGGAGAGGGCGUCCAGCGCACCGGCGAGAAGCCGGCGUGGCCGCGCUGCCCGUGGAUCUGCUGGAACCUCCUCCUCUCCGCCUUCUCCUUCUACGGUGCGUCGCACGUGGUGCCGGUGCUGCUGCACCACGUGCGCCGCGACGGCCUGCGCAGCACCCUCUGCACGCUGCACCCCGAGGAGUACUACCGCGGCCCGACCGGCAUGGCGAUGGGCCUCUUCGCCCUCUCGAAGGGCGCCGAGUUCGGCGACACCGUCUUCCUUCUCCUGUCGGGUCGCCGUAGACUGCCGUUUCUGCAGUGGUUCCACCCCGUCACGACCUUCCUGUACUGCUGGCACGCCUACGCGGUCGGCAGCGGCGUCCUGACCGUGGCCGCCGCGCUCAACUACUCGGUGCACACCGUCAUGUACCUCUACUUCGCCGUGGCCGAGGUCGGCCUGAAGAGCCUCGUGCGCUCCUUCGCCAUGUACAUCACGCUGGCCCAGAUCACGCAGAUGGCGGUUGGCCUGCUGCUGAUCGCCUUCGUCACGUACGAGAAGUACCUCGACUACGCGGUGGGCCGGCCGGACGCGGACCCAGCUGCCUGCGCCGGCACUCCGUGGGACGCCGUCCGCGUGCAGAUCCUCAUCGCUGCGGCGAACCUUGUCCCGUUCACGCAGCUGUUCCUCGGCGCCUACGUGUUCAAGCGGCCGGACGCGGCCAGCACGAAGGCGUAA